AUGGCGGGCACAGCGGCACGCGGGCACCUCCUGCACCCGCUGCUCUUCCAGGUGGGACUGGGGCUCUGCUGCGGCUGUCACGGGCUCCGCGUGUCCACGAGCACGCGCAUCCUCUACACGCUCCUGCACGUCCUGGCCUCUGCCGUGUGCUGCCUCGUGCUGUCCCGCACUGUGGCCCAGGCUAUCGCAGAGAAGGUGCCCUUCUCAGUGGCGCUGUGCCAGCACCUGCCCGGGGGCACAGACUGCGAGCAGCUGGUGGGCUCCUCGGCCGUGUACCGGGUCUGUUUUGGCACUGCCUGCUUCCACCUGGCACAGGCUGCCCUGCUGCUCAACGUGCGCUCCAGCUCUGACCGCCGGGCACAGCUCCACAAUGGGUUCUGGCUUCUGAAGCUGCUGGUGCUGGUGGGCCUCUGGGCUGCCAGCUUCUUCAUCCCUGAGGACAACUUCAUCCAAGCCUGGCACUACACAGGGGUCUGUGGGGGCUUUGCCUUCAUCCUCAUCCAGCUGGUGCUGAUCACAGCCUUUGCACACACCUGGAACAAGAACUGGCUGACAGGCGCUGCACAGGACAAGCGCUGGUACCUGGCCGUGCUGCUGGCCACAGCUACCUUCUACACCCUUGCCUCUGCCGCCUUCUCCUUCCUCUACAAGUUCUACACCCACCCGGCUGCCUGCCACCUCAACAAAGCACUGCUUGCCAUCAACGGCAGCCUCUGUGGCAUCAUGUCCUUCAUCUCCAUCGCGCCAUGCGUGCGGCUCAAGCAGCCACGGUCAGGGCUGCUGCAGUCCUCAAUCAUCAGCUGCUACGUGAUGUACCUCACCUUCUCCGCACUGUCCAGCCGCCCCCCGGAGAGAGUGCUGCACAAGGGGCAGAACCUCACAGUGUGCUUCCCGGGGCUGCGGCAGGAUGAGCUGCAGACAGAGGACACCACGGUGGCCGUGCUGGGCGCUGCCAUCAUGUAUGCCUGCGUGCUCUUCGCAUGCAAUGAAGCCUCAUACCUCGCUGAGAUCUUUGGGCCCCUCUGGAUGGUCAAAGUCUACAGCUUUGAGUUUAAAAAAGCUUCCUGCUGCUUCUGUUGCCCUGACAAGAUGGAGGAGGAGCUGAGAGGUGAGUGCAGUGUCUGUGUGGGAGAGUGGGCAGAGCCUGUGUCCAGCCUGGGAGUGCCAUGCCCCCACACUCCCCCAGGCACUGACCAGACAUGUGAGCGAGCAGAGGAGAGCACCAGAGGACAGUUCAUCAUCCAGGAUGAGCAGGACCGGGUGGUCUACAGCUACUCAGCUUUCCACUUUGUCUUCUUCCUUGCCUCACUCUAUGUUAUGAUGACACUCACCAACUGGUUCAGCUAUGAGAAUGCGGCGCUGGAGACCACCUUCACGCACGGCAGCUGGUCAACCUUCUGGGUGAAGGUGUCCUCGUGCUGGGCUUGUGUGCUGCUCUACCUGUGGCUGCUGCUGAGCCCCUUCUGCCUCCAUGGCUCCCCACAGCACCGGCACAGUGCAGGACCACGGAUCGUGCGGCGCCGACGCGCUCCACAGCGCAUCAACGUUUCCACGUAGUCCUGCCAGGACAAACUGCCCAGGGCUGGUCCCUGCUGUGCCCUGUGCCUGUGCCCUGGCCCUGCUUGGUCCUCCUGGCCUCCCCUGUCCCAGGAGACAGCAGCAUCUGAGAGACUGAGGGGAACAUGGGAGGUGGAUGCUCCCAGGGAUACUGGCCCUGUGCUGAGCCAGGACCACUCUAAGGGCCAGAGCAAGCUGGUGGCAGGUGCUCAGCCUGCAGCCUGGUUGCCCUGGCCUCACUGGGAGAGCAGGGCUCUGCCCUGGCCGCCACUGCCAUGGUGCAUUCUCUGUAAAUACCUGCUUCAAUACAUUUUUAUAUAAAACUCUGAACUGAGCCUGUGCCAUUGCCCUGCACACGCUGAUGCCAUAGGGAUGGGGAGGGGGGCUGCGAGCCCUGUAAAACACCCCGAGCCAGCAGCACUGCUGCAGGUCCCUGC